AUGCCGGAUUCGCAGCUACCUAUCGUGACUUUCGAAGAUCUGCAGGCCUUCCAAGCAAAGCAUUUCCCCACCAGCACACAAGUCACCUCGUUUGACCACAACCAUAACCAGACUGUAGACGAUGAAUACUACGAGGAAGAUGACGGACUUGGGUACUAUCCAGACGGCGUGAAGCGUACCCUUACGGACGAGCAGAUUGAGAUUUUCAGACACAGCGAGAUCCACACGCUGUUGCGCGAACGAGAGCUCCGGGAGGAGGCGCUUGCUGAAGAGUUGCGUGAUAUGGAGGCUGAACAGCAGGCAGGGGAUAUUAUCUCCGUGAGUAAUGGGGAUAGUGUGCCUGACGUCGCUGGUCGAGAGAGUGGGAUGUCUCAAGGAGAUGAGGGCGCAGGCGAGUCCAAGCAACACAAUGCACAUGAUGCUUCGGGGAAGGAGUCCGGGAAGACGCGCCCGGGUGAAACUCUUGACUACAGUGAGGAUGGUGCGAGGCCACGGGAGACAUAUACCAGUACGCAAUUUACUGGACGCAAGAUCAUAUCUUAUGACGAUUGA